GUGGCGGUAAUGCACCUUUCAGUUGAUUGCCACCCGCCAUUUAAAAGACAAGAAGAAGAAAGCCUGCUACUUCCUGGCAAGAUGGCGGUAAGCAGAGGUUGUGUGGGACUCUGGAGGACAUGCAGCACGUUUUUACCAAGACUUGGGCUUCUGUUUCCCGCUGGCGUACGAACACAAAGCUCCGUGAGUGGCGACCCGGUGCCCCGGACCUCCCUGUCUAGGCCGCCGUGGCUGGAGCUGCCGAGCGUGAUCUCGGAGGAGGAGGAGCGCCACCGACACGCUGCGGUGGUGAGCACCGUGAACCAGCGGAUCCACCAGCAGGCCUUCGGCCGAUUGUUCGCUGUGGUGCACUUUGCCGGUCGCCAGUGGAAGGUGACGGACGAAGACCUGAUUCUCAUCGAGAACCACAUCGAGGCGGAGUGCGGGGACCGGAUUCGGAUGGAGAAGGUGCUACUUGUCGGUGCUGAGGACUUCACACUGGUCGGUAGGCCUCUGCUGGGGAAGGAAUUGGUCCGGGUCGAGGCCACUGUGAUCGAAAAAACAGAAUCCUGGCCCAAAAUCCACAUGCGCUUCUGGAGGAGACACCGGUACCAGAAGAAGAGGAUCAUCGUCCAGCCGCAGUCAGUGCUGCGGAUCAACAGCAUCCAGCUGGCCCCCAGGCUGGCCUGAUGGACUAGUUCGAAUGAUUUUACAAACAAACUGCGGGUUUAUUGCUUCUGAGUGAAAUGAAACGUAUAAAAGGAAACAAUCGGGUCAAAUAUAUUGUUGACGAACUCCAGAGGCACUUUAACCAGCAACCAACACAGACUCUGACCUCCCUCAGAGUUUAGCAACAUGCUUCUUGGUUGUUCAUUCUGUAAAUAAAUCAGUUGCUGCAUG